CGAAAAUCUGUUGCUACACUGUACAGUACUUUUGUCACGACCUUGUCAGGGUUGCAAGGUUUGUCCAACACAGUUAGAAAGCGUAUCAAUCUUGUUUGACGUAACCGGGCGCAUGAACACUAAACACUCGACGAAACACAUAUUUAAUCCCGACAGUAUUAUGGUCAACACGUCAGAUGGCGAUACCCUACCUCUUCUACAGUCUCAGAAGUCAAUAACAAGGCAGGGUGUGGUUCGGAUGUUCGUUGCCACUGUCGUGGCCGCUCUCGGACCCGUCUCGUUCGGAUACGGACUGGGAUUUGCCUCCCCAGCUACAGCUGAUCUCAGCAAUGCCAACAAAGGUCCGAGAAAUGCGCUGUCCAAGGAGAGUAUAGCCUGGUUUGGGUCUCUCAUCAAUAUUGGUGCCAUAGUUGGUAGCCUACUUGGUGGUCAGUGUGCAGAAAGAUUGGGCAGAAAAGCAAGCAUCAUUCUUUCUUGCCUGCCAUUCACAUUGGGAUGGCUACUUAUUGUCCUGCCGUCGUCAUUCAGUCAGCAAGAUCAGAAAGAUGAAUCCCACAUUCUUGCUCCUCUCUGCAUAGGUAGAACACUGUCAGGAAUAGGCCUCGGGAUGGCAUCAGUGGCAGUACCAAUUUAUAUCGCUGAAGUAUCAACAGUUUCCUACCGGGGUUUCCUUGGGACAUUAAAUCAAGUGGCAGUCACCGUUGGAGUUCUUGUUGCAUAUUUGUUGGGCGUCUGGAUCAAGCCAUACUACUGGCUUGCUGUUGUAGCUAUGUGUAUAGUGGCUUCACUUGCUGUUUCGAUGCUCUUUAUUCCUGAAACACCAAGGUGGCUGCUUGUGGAUGGUCAGCAAAAGAAAGCUAUUGCAGCCCUGACAUGGUUGAGGGGAGAUUGCGCAAACAUUGCAAAUGAAUUCAGUGAGAUUGAAGGAAGCUUACAAGAACAGGAAACAUUAUCGUGUUCUGAGUUUCGUAGACCAACUUUGUACAAGCCACUUUUCAUAUGUGUUAUGCUCAUGUUCUUCCAGCAGUUUUCUGGCAUCAAUUCUGUCAUGUUCUUUGCUAGUGUUAUCACCAACACGACACAUCCAUCACAUUCUUUAAAGAUUUAUGAACCAACAAUGAUUGGUGCCGUACAGUUUGUCAUCACCAUAAUUGCUGGAUUGGUAAUGGACAAAUUUGGUCGGCGGGUGUUACUCAUUACAUCUGGGUCUCUAAUGAGUAUCAGUGCAAUUGGAAUAGGUGUUUACUUCAAGAUCAACUCAGCUCUCAAUGAUCCAGACACGAUUCCUGCACAUUACCACAUUUCUGUACCAUGGUUAUCUCUUCUUUGUCUUAUGGUUUACAUCACCGGUUUUUCUCUUGGUUUGGGUGCUAUACCAUGGCUCAUCAUGUCAGAGAUUCUUCCAACACGUGCUCGAGGAACAGCUGGAGGAAUAGCGGCUUCUGUCACAUGGUCGUCAUCAUUCAUUGUCACUUAUCUGUUUCAUCACUUUACAGACACCAUGAGGUACUAUGGAACAUUCUGGUUUUAUGGAGGGGUGUCACUACUGGCUGUGUGUUUUGUUGUUGCUGUUGUACCUGAGACAAAAGGGAAAUCACUGGAAGAGAUAGAACGAUAUUUCGAUUCCAAACAAAGAAAUUCUUUUUCUCACAAGAGGCAGUGACGUUCAUGUCAGUGUACUGUCUUUAUUUAACCUAGUACUUUAUGUAGCAGUCAGUUUUUUGUGUGAGUUGGGGUUAAUAUUAAUGUUAAUGAGUGCAUAUUUGGUAUGGAAGUUAUGGUAUGCAUCAACUUUAUUGCAAAUCAGGGUUUUCUUAUUCUAGAAA